CUGGCUGCCGCUGCGAGGAACAGGAUGCUGUCAGGCCGAAUAGACGCAUCAACCUAGAGAAACCGCAGCAGCAUCCUUUGUUUUCUGGAGCUGGAUAUCCAGCUGUGAAGCCCACUGACAACCUGCAGCACCUGGAGGAGAAGGGGGAGGCGCCCAGUUCCAACAGCCACUAGCAAGAUCUUGGAGCAUAGAAGUAGCCAAUAGUAGCUCAAUAGGACAGCUCCAAACUGAUAGUGUGUGGCGAGCUGAAGGGAGAGCUGAAGCGAGCGCGGAGAGGCGGUGGGGCUUUCCUUUUCCACCAUCCUCUGCUUUUCCUUCGGCCCCGUGGAAGCACUCAUCCACACCACUGCACUGAAACACACUCAUCACUCUCUUUUCCUUCUUUCCGAUCUGUCACUGUACUUGUUCUCUCUCUUUCUAUUCAUCCAUCUGUCCGUCUUGCUUUAGAAACAGGUCAGCUGAACCUAAGCAUCACAAACCAGUAAAGACCAGUGAUACCAGUUGUCGAGCUGCAAGCUGAGUUCCUCCUGCUCCGGCAAUGCAGUGAAGUAUUUUGAUACAGCAGUUGAUCAGCCCCCCAGCCCCGAGUCUGGCUCCGCACCGCAGGGUCCCACAGGCGAUGAGGCGGGCCACGGGCUUUAUCUCUUUCUAGACUUUCUCUUCUUCCACCUUGUGUCUUCAUGUUUUGGGGGUCCUCCGGUGCCCCCGCCCUCUGUCGACCCCCCCGCACCCACUGCCACCACGGCCGGCCACCCCAGUCGCCUCGUUGCCAUGCCGACAGAGACACUGGCUCCAGCCCUGCCAGAUAGCAAGGCCGCCGGCCCCGCGACGGCCUUCAGUUCCACCGUACCCCUCCGCAUCCUCAACAAGGGCCCUGACUACUUCAGGAGACAGGUGGAACCUAACCCAAAGCGUCUCAGUGCUGUUGAGAGACUAGAAGCUGACAAGGCCAAGUAUGUCAAGAGCCAGGAAGUUAUCAACGCCAAGCAGGAGCCGAUCAAACCACCCGUGAUGGCUAAGCCUCCCGCCGGUCAUACCCUCCUGGCCAAGAGAGGCUCUGGGAUUAGUGGAGGAGGAAUUGGAGGCGCGAUACCUUUCAAAGCAUCCAAUAACAACGCAAAGUCAGACACAUGUGCAACAAGCAGCGGCAGCAGCAAACGGGAGAAUUUAAACCUGGAGAUCCUUAAAAAUCUGCUCAACUCAUCGUCCUCUUCAGGAGCGGGAUCUGAAGGACUAGGUGGUGGAGCUAAGAGUGCUGUGUUGAUGAGGUCAUCAGGGGGAAUGGCCAGGAGUUGGACGCCAUCAGGGAUGCCGUUAACCUACCGAUCUACAAUGGCGCUUAAUGAGCAACCGCCAGAACUAGCUCCCAGUCCGAGCACCUCCCACUCCCUGCGGUCCUUCUCCCAUUCCCUGAAGGUUCCUCCGAUCAACGGCGGGGGACGCCGCAGCCCACAACCUGGAGGAAACCUCAACCUCAGCAGACGAGGUGAAGGAAUCAUCGACCGUUCUCGCUCCCCGCUACCGCCGCUACUCACCUCCCACUCCUCGUCCGACCUCCUGCGGCUGUGCAACGGCAAGCCCCUUCGCGCGGCCCGAUCCAGCAGCUCCUCAGCUCCGCCCCUCCCUCCAAAACCCAACCCCGCCUCCCUCCCUCCUCCCGCGCUCUCCUUGUCACUGCCUCCCCCUCGUCCAACUCCAUCCCCCUCUCUCUGUGACAACAUCGCCCCUCAGUCGCUACCUUGUGAUUUUGGAGGCCCUUCCCAUAUCUCAACCGAUGCCAACGUGGAGCUCGAGCUUGGUUCAUCCGUGGCUCGUCGCUCCUCGCUACACAGAUCUAAAUCGGACCUGUCGGACCGGUACGCCCGGGCCGGAGCUGACGUGGAACGCUUUUUUAACUACUGCGGCCUGGACCCAGAGGAGCUGGAGGCGGUGGGUCCGGAGAACUUUGCGCGGGCCAACUCGGACAUCGUCAGCCUGAACUUCCGAUCCGCUUCUAUGAUCUCGUCUGACUGUGACCGGUCGCGGCGAUCGUCCAACGACGGGCUGUCGGACGGGGAAGAGGACGAGGAGGAGGAGGCCGGAGAGCGCGUUCCCUACGGCAUCUCAGCCGUGGAGCGAAACGCGAGAGUCAUCAAGUGGCUGUACAGCAUCAAACAGGCGAGAGAGACGCAGAAAGUCUCACACGUUUAGAAACAAGCACUACAGUGGAUAGGAUGUACUUUAAACGACAGACAAACCGCCCCAUGUUUCAGAAUCGAUAGACGGACCAGACUUUCUCAUAGGUUUAGGGACUGUGAUCUUGGCGCUGAACUAAAAGAAAUUGUGAAAAUGCAUAGAUGGAUGGAUGAAUAGAUGGAAGAGAAAGCCUGACACAUCUAACAAACUUGGUGAAAAAACAGAAUUUUUUUUUUAGAAAUGAAUAAAGAGAUGAUGAAAAGGACUCUAACCAAUUAGGUUUAGAACAACAUGAACCCUAUGAACAGACAGAAAUAAAACUUGGACAGUUAACAAAAUGUUCCGUCUGGAGAGACAAACAACGGGACGUGUCUGAAAAGAAACUACAAAGCUGUUUCUCUCUGGACACUGAAUAAUAUGACGGACAAAGUCUGUCAAGAGCAAAAUGCACUGCGAUUGUCUAAGGACCCAUAAAGUGACCACCUCACUACAAAUUAUCAUAGGCCUUUCUCACAGAGAACAAUUUGGCUUGACUAAUCGAAGCCUUUUUAAUUGGGAUUAUCUUCCUAUAUAGCUUGCUAGCUACCUAGCGCUCUAUCUGUUCAAUCCACACUGACUUCAACCUUCGUUCUGCCAUCUCUGUUCUCGGUCAAAGCUGUCCAGUCGACAGCUCCUGAGGACACCAGCUAGGCAAACAGUGCAAACAUAGUACAAAUGUACUGCGGUGACGCGCGUGCGUCUCCGAGUUAGUGUGGAUUGAUACAUGUGGUAAAACGGAAGCGUGUAUGUUCCAAGAGUCGGGGCGAGGGA